GGAGAUCAGCUGCCAGGGCGCUGGCUGAGAGACGCGCGGGUCGUGGCUGGUCGCGCACCCCAGCUUCUAGCGCACAGAAUUUACUUUGUACUUGCGUUGGGCGGGGGUACCCAGGACGGAGUUAUCCGAGCGGGAGAGGGUCUGCUCCGGGUGAGCCCGAGCCGCGAAGUCUGCUCCGGGUGAGCCCAGAAAUGCGAUGGCCCAGGAGCGGACACUGAGGACAGGACCGAGCCGUUCACUAAAUAUGCACAGACAUAGUCCUCUGACAAGUUGGGAACAAAGGGAAAAAAAACAACCACUUAAGAAUCAUGGAUCCAGUUUACUUGCCAUUCAGAAUUGACUAAAGUUUGGAUAAGAUGAAAAUGGUUCUUUUUGAUAUUUGAUUAAGUGUCAAGCCAAGGUACUGGAUUCUCCUAGAUAAAAAGUGUCUAGCAGUGAAAGUGGCGUAAUCUGCAUUAACAUCCCACAGCGUGAAGACAUGACAGUUAAGGAACACACACGGACUUGUGGCACGAGGAAAUGUGUGCACAGAAAAAGGAAAUCUGUAAUUCUUUAAAAACUGAAAGACAUUCUUCCUCACCAAAAUGGGUACAUUCUGCUCAGUUGUCAAGUUUGAAAAUCUCCAAGAAUUAAAGAGACUUUGUCACUGGGGUCCCAUUAUAGCCCUUGGUGUUAUAGCAAUAUGUUCUACCAUGGCCAUGAUUGACUCUGUGUUGUGGUAUUGGCCCUUACAUACCACUGGAGGAAGCGUGAAUUUCAUCAUGUUGAUUAACUGGACUGUCAUGAUUCUUUAUAAUUACUUCAAUGCCAUGUUUGUUGGUCCUGGCUUCGUCCCUCUGGGGUGGAAACCGGAAAAUUCUCAGGAUAGUGUGUACCUCCAAUAUUGUAAAGUCUGCCAAGCAUACAAGGCACCACGGUCACAUCACUGCAGAAAGUGUAACAGAUGUGUGAUGAAGAUGGACCAUCACUGCCCUUGGAUCAACAACUGCUGCGGCUAUCAGAAUCAUGCUUCCUUCACGCUGUUCCUCCUUUUAGCACCACUGGGCUGUAUUCACGCUGCCUUUAUUUUUGUUAUGACAAUGUAUACGCAGCUUUAUAAUCGGCUCUCCUUUGGGUGGAACACGGUCAAGAUUGAUAUGAGUGCAGCCCGGAGAGACCCUCUUCCGAUUAUUCCUUUUGGAUUAGCUGCAUUUGCUGCCACCUUGUUUGCCUUGGGAUUAGCUUUAGGAACAACCAUAGCUGUUGGGAUGUUGUUUUUUAUCCAGAUGAAAAUAAUUCUCAGAAACAAAACUUCUAUUGAAUCAUGGAUUGAAGAGAAGGCUAAAGAUCGAAUUCAGUAUUAUCAACUAGAUGAAGUCUUUGUUUUUCCUUAUGAUAUGGGAAGUAGAUGGAAGAACUUCAAACAAGUAUUCACAUGGUCAGGGGUCCCUGAAGGAGAUGGACUGGAUUGGCCAAUAAGAGAAGGCUGUCACCCGUACAGCUUAACAAUAGAACAGUUGAAACAAAAAGCAGAUAAAAGAGUCAGAAGUGUCCGGUAUAAAGUGAUAGAAGAUUAUAGUGGUACCUGCUGUCCUUUGAAUAGAGGAAUCAAAACAUUCUUCACGAGCCCCUGCACUGAAGAGCCUCGGAUAAGGCUACAGAAAGGGGAGUUCAUCUUAGCUACAAGAGGGUUACGAUACUGGUUGUAUGGAGACAAAAUUCUUGAUGAUUCCGUUUUAGAAGGUGUUUCAAGAAUAAGAGGAUGGUUCCCUAGAAACUGUGUAGAAAAGUGCCCCUGUGACGCCGAAACAGAUCAAGCCCCAGAGGGCGAGAAGAAAAAUAGAUAGCCGCUUUUGAAGUAAAAUUCCUCUCAGUCCGCUCCAUUACUUGAAAACUGUACAUAUUACUAAAGAAUUAUGCAAUGAGCCUACUCUGGUUAAGGUGUUCUUUUCCUCAAAGGUGCCCUAGUGCCAUGAUCUAAAUAUUUUUAUUACCACUUUGAAAUGGAGAAGCCAUUCUGCACAUGCCUUUGAAUCCCUGCACCUCUCUGCCACCUCUCCCCUCCCCAAAAGGAAACACACUUCACCCAAGUGAGUUGAUUGCAUUUUCUCUAGGAUUUUGUGUGCGCUGCACACGGUGGACCUGACCUGCAGAUAGAGCCCCCCCCCCCCCCCCCCAACCAGGAGCAUCUGCAUGCGAUGCUUUAUCCUCUGUCCCCCUCGGCCGAAUUUCUGAUAUUCUAGAUACUAUAGAAUUUAAUUUGUCAGAUUCAGUGUAAGCUCCGAUUUUAUUACCCGUCUUUUAAUAAUGAUAAUUUUGUCAAAUCAAAUAAAGAUCAAUGGCUGUUCUGUAUAAAUCAUA